AUGGCAAGUACCCUUGCUAGAUUGUUGCCCUUUGCUAUUAUAAUUUUAACUCUGGAGAAUGUGUUGGCACAAGAAGCAUAUGCAGGGAACAAGCUGUUUGACUGCAAUGAUAACUCGUCUGAAAGCUCUGGCUAUGCAUGCAAUGGAGCUGAAAGAAGUUGUAGUACUUAUGCUCUGUUCCAUGCCCAGGCACCUAAUUAUCUAUCCCUUCUCAAUAUCAGCAGACUUUUCAAUAUGAGUACAAGUGAAAUGACCUCUUCAAACAAUAUUACCAUUGAAUCUGCAGAGUUACAGCAAGCCCAGCCAGUUCUCAUCCCCUUGCAGUGUGGCUGCACUGGAAAUCAUUCUCAAGCCAAUCUCAGAUAUAAACUCUCAGAGGGGGACACCUAUUUUUCAUUAACUAAGGUCUUUCAGGGAUUGACAUCCUGUCAGGCUCUUGUGAAACAAAACACUAACCCUGAGGGAAUCUAUUCUCUGAGUCUUGCAAAGAAUAUAUUGAUUCCUUUGAGAUGUGCAUGCCCAACCACUGAGCAGAUCAAGAGAGGAUUCAACCACCUUCUGUCAUAUGCUGUGAAGAAGGGAGAUACAUUGGAUUCAAUUGCUGAGGCUUUCAAUACAUCAAUAUAUGAUAUAGUAUUUGCCAACACAUUACAAGGUUCAAACCCUACUGUCAUUUUCCAUGUGUCUCUUCUGGUUCCAUUGAAGAGUAAGCCAGUUAUUCUUCCUGUCAUGCAAGCCCGGGAAGAAGGAAGUCCACAACCCAGAGGGAUUUCCACUACUAAUCCAAAGAAGAGAGUAAGAUUAGAAGUGGGUGCUUAUGUGGGCAUUGCUGUAGGAACAGUGGCUAUAACAUCUGCCAUUGUAGUAUCAUUUUUGCUGGCCAGGAGGAAGCAGUCCUUAAAGAAGUUGCAUUUAUCACACAAAAAUCCAGACAUUCCCAGAGCAGAAGAUAAAGAUGAUGGUGAGAGAAAAUCAACUUCCAAUAAGGUAAUCAUAACCAACAUGAUCACAGACCUGUCACUGACUUUCUACACAUUUGAGCAGCUGCAAAAAGCAACAGACAACUUCAAUCCUGACUGCAGAAUAGAAGGAUCUGUGUACUGUGGAACCUUCAGUGGUGUUCUUUUGGCUAUCAAGAAAACCAAAGCUGAUAACUCCAAAGAACUCAGAAUCCUACACAAACUUCACCAUGUCAAUCUUAUUGGGUUUUUAGGAGUUUGCAUUGGAGAUGAUCACUCUUAUAUGGUAUUUGAGUAUGCUGAAAAUGGAUCUCUCAGUGACUGGCUUCAUGGGGGCCUAGCCAUGAAAAACAAAUUCAUCUCCUCUUGUUCAAGGUUCCUCACAUGGAACCAGAGGCUUCAAAUCUGUCUUGAUGUAGCCAGGGGACUACAAUACAUUCAUACAUGCACACAACCCUGUUAUGUACACAAGGACAUCAAAUGCAGCAACAUUCUUCUCAAUGGAGACUUCAAUGCCAAGAUUGCAAACUUUGGCAUGGCAAAAUCUUCAGAAAACACUGAUAUCUUCACCAAACAUAUUUCAGGCACACAUGGGUACAUGGCCCCUGAAUACCUUUCUGAUGGCCUUGUCACUCCAAUGAUGGAUGUAUAUGCCUUUGGUGUUAUAUUGCUUGAAAUCCUAUCAGGAAAACCUGCUGUUAGCAAGAGAGGGAAAAAUUUUCUUCUGGCUGACACCAUAAGUCCUCUUUUAGAGGGUGAUAAUGCUGUUGAGAAUUUGAGAGGCUGGAUGGACCAAUCUCUCCAUGAAGUCUAUUGCAUAGACCAAGCUCUUGCAUUGGCAAAACUUGCAUUAUCAUGUGUUGAAAAGGACCCUUCCAUGAGACCUGCCAUGGAUGAGAUCACAUUUAGACUUUCAAGAUUAACUUGA